AUGCACUUGCAGGAGUUGAAGUUCUUGUUCAGUACCAACAUAACUACAAACCAUAGCAACAUGGACUUGCCAAUUGGCACUGUGUGGUUGGUCCUAGCCAUUAUUCUGAUAACUGCAAUAGUCACCAAGAUUGCAAAUGCAAGAGUUACAUUUGAUCCAGUUUGUACACGACCACCUCCACCCGUGGUGAAUAACAUUGCUCUUAUAAAACUCUUACCUACCCUGUGUACAAAGGGCCCUGAAGUUACAAUGACCUAUCUGUAUAACAAGUUUGGCAGUGUGUUCACAGUUAGCAUUCUUUGGAAAAGGAUAACCUUCUUGGUUGGGCCAGAGGUCUCUGGUCCUUUCUUUCAAGGUUCUGAGUCAGAGGUUUCCCAAGGUAAUUUCAACGAGUUCACUGUGCCCAUGUUUGGCCAAGAGAAUGGAUUUGCCGUAGAUUCCUCCACUCGAAUGGAUGAGAUUCGCUUCUACAUUGAUGCUCUAAAGCCAUCACAGCUCAGGAGCCAUGUUGACCCCAUGCUUCGUGAAGUGGAGGACUACUUUGGAAAAUGGGGAGAAGUCGGGGUAGUCGAUCUAAAAGAUGAGUUCAACCAUAUACUCAUGUUAAUCGCAAGCCGAUGCUUACUCGGAAAAGAGGUUCGAGAGAAGAUAUUUGGCGAGUUUUACACAUUGUUUACUGAAAUUGAAGCAGGAAUGAACUUCGUCAGUUUCGUGCUCCCAUAUAUCCCUAUUCCAGUAAAUAGGCGACGUGAUAGAGCUCGCGUCAAGCUUACAGAGAUUGUUUCAGAGAUUCUGAGGUCACGAAAGAUAUGCAACCGCGUCGAGGAGGAUGUGCUCCAGAAGUUGAUGGAUUCCAGGUAUAAAGAUGGUCGCCGUACAACAGAAGCAGCUGUCGCAGGAAUGAUCAUCGCAUUGAUAUUUGCUGGAAAACAUACAAGCGCUGUGAUAUCCACCUGGACUGGAGCUUGCCUAUUGACCCAUGAAAAGUUCUUAGAUGCUGUUGUCAAUGAGCAAAAAGAAAUAAUGAGGACAUAUGAGGACAUGAUAGACUAUAAUGUCUUAUUAGAGAUGGAGACACUGCAUAGUUGCAUCAAAGAGGCUGGACGUGUGAAUCCAAUAUCGAUUGGGUUGGUACGCCAAGCACAAAAGAACAUCAUAGUGAGGACAAAAGAGGGAGUUGAAUACGACAUCCUGAAAGGUGACACCUUGGUAAAUCUUGUAAUGCUAACUAGCAAAUUGCCACACAUUUACAAGGACCCUGAGGUAUAUGACCCUGACCGGUUUCGUUCCGGAAGGGACGAGGACAAAGUUGGUGGUAAAUUCUCUUAUGGAAUUUUUGGUGGUGGAAGGCAUGCUUGCGCUGGGGAGGCCUAUGCUUUUAUGCAAAUCAAAAUUAUAUGGAGCCAUUUGCUGAGAAAUUUUGAACUCAAAUUGACUUCUCCUUUUCCCAAGGCAGAUUGGAGCAAGUAUGCACUAGAGCCAAAAGGGAAAGUGAUGGUAAACUAUAAGAGACGCCAUCUAGCAAGCAACUAA